CACUGUCAGCGAGCUUGAGGACGACCUGUAUACUAGUUCAAAUCUUAGAUACCCGGAGCCGACUCACACUGUACGUUCAAAGUUGAGAUGCAACCGGUAGCUAUGUUUUAAGCACUGGUUGCAUCUCAAUGUAUUCCCAGUACACGGACCCCGUAUAUGAGAAUAAACUGGACUGCGGGGCCACACUGUCAUUAAACGCCUCUACACAUACGUAGAUGCAACAGUGACAUCCAACCCCUAAAAAUUGUGCCUAGGGUUUUUCCUCUGUGCUGGUCAUGACCACGAAGUGACAACUCAGCUUGAAAAAAAAAACCACACCAUAAAGCUGAUGACAUCACAUCCAACACAAAAAAUAAUGCUUAGGGGUUUUUCCCUCCCUGCUGGUCAUUCAUAAACACAUCCUGUCUAGAGUGGGUAGGUAGAUUUGGUAAAUACUUCAGAAACAAUCACACUGAGCCGGUAAAGAUCCACUAUAAUGAACAUUAUAAAGGGUCGAUCACACAAUCUAUUACCAGUUGAGAUACAUGGCUGGCAUAGUAGUGUGGGUAGGUGUGGUUGUCUCUCCUCUGGGGGGGAGGUGGACCAGGAACUCCCUCGACGAACCUAGGGGUUAGGGUAGAGGGGGAUAGGAGUUAAGACAGUUAUUUAUGUGAGGUCAGCGUACGAGUACAGGACAAGAGAGGCAUUAAAACUUCAAUCUAGAACAAAUUAUCAGCACUACACUGUACGUACAGUGUGUAGCAUGCACAUGUAAAAGAGGCUAGUUCUGAACCAGGUCAGCAUUUUCUUGGCCUGGCCUGGCUAACUAACUCAUACCUUCCCUCCCCUAACCCCCCCCCCCUCCUACCACCAUCAAAAGUAACCAAUGACAUCACUACAAUCUAACAAGGUUUUUUCUGUGUGCUGCAUGGUCAGACUAACCACAAAGUGAUCCUAACCACAAAGUGACCAGGUAAGCUCAGCUGAAAAAACCACAAACCACCACACUGGACAGCUAAAAAACCCCAGUAUUUAUUUUUAGAUUGUAGGUUAGUUGCAUAUAAAGGCUACACACAUACACAAACACACAAACAGCACUAUUCAUCUCACCAAACUCAGCAAGUUGAUCUCACAGAGCAAGAUAUUCCAGGUGCAAAGAUAAGUCUGCGAUGUCCAGCAUGGAAGACUCGCCUCUCACCCCAACAAAGGACUCAGAGGACUACUCUGAACAGGACAGGCUGCAAGAGUCCGACUCGCCCCCUACUCCAAAGAGGAGAUGUCUGCUAGAGAGACAGGAUUCGCAACCGGGCACACCCCUCUCCACUGUGGAAUACCCUCAAGAUUCGGACUAUAUUAUAACACCAAUGGACAUAAAAUGUACUAAUGCGCAUGAAAAGGCGCUUUGUUUUCUUGAUUUGAGCCAGUUGGACGAGUUUGUCGAACGCCUCAAUGAGAUUCGUCAGUGCCCUGAACCAGCUUGUAGGGGUAACCUUGUUCCCACCUCAGUCAAGAGGGGAAUAGGUGGAGCUGCAACAAUAACCUACAAUUGUGACGGAUGCCGAGGACAAGAGCUCACACUGGACACGUGCAAGGUACAAGAAGAUGGAAGGAACAGUGAGAUCACACGAGCACUGCAUGUCGCCUUCAUCAUCAGUGGUUGUACCUUCACAACCUACACCAAGGUCUUACGCUACUUGCUGGGGAUUCAGUCUACAUACGACGACCGGUUUCAAGAAACUAUUCGCAUUAUGCACCCAGUGGUCAAAGAAAUGGUGGAUGAGAUGUGCACAGAAGCCAGAGAGGCCAUGAAACAAAUGGAACCGGAAGAGCUAGGAUCGUGGGAGAGAGCCGUCACAGUUGCAGAUGGAGCAUGGAUGACAAGAGGUCAUCAUUCGAAGAACUUUACUUUCAGUAUUCGAAACUAUUUCACAAGUGAAUUGCUCUUUCGAAAGCAUCUGUGUCAAAAGGGCGGAGUUAACAAGGACGAUCUGUACAAGGGGACGUCCAAGGGAGCGGAGGGCUAUGCAGCCAGGAUACUCUUCCAGCAAGCCAAAGAACAGGGGAUGAAAUUGGCAAUAAACUGGCAGGAUGAUGACUCCUCCACCUCAAAGGCCAUAAGAGGUAUCUACGAGGACGUAGAAAUAAUGAUGUGUCGUGGACACGAGGGAAGGUCUCAUCUCAACCAGUUGCAAACGCUGAUGAAAAUGAAAGCGUUCACCUCUACAAUGUUUACAAGUCAUCAGAAGCACAUUGCAGACAUAAAGAACGAGCCCUGCUCCUGUUCUGGAAAAAAGCACAAGAAAGGCUGCGGAUGUUUCACUGACCAGUUCAUCAGAAACUCCAGAAAUUUGUUUUCCAAAAUUCUGUCGAACAGUGAGUCCAAAGAGGAAUUUGAAAAAAAUACCCGUAGUCUCUACCAUCAUGCAAUUGAUGAACACGUGUGGGUUGGCGGAUCUUGCGACUUUCACGCCCUAAUAGUGUGCAGCUGUGGAGAGUGCCCCGACAAAACAAACUUUGUGUGCAAGGGACGAGAGUACCACACACGGGAUAAGCUGACAUGUCCUUUCCAUAUGAUGGCCUACAGGACGGAGAUUGAGCACAGGGCUCGAAAGUCAUCAUCGCUGAUCCACCCAGAACUCAAAGCAGGGCACACGAACUCGAUGGAAUCAUCACACAACAUUCUAAUUCGAUUUAGGCCGAAGCACAUCUCCUUGGAAAAGCUUCACUACGAGCUCUCCACAGAGCUGGGCCUCCUUCAAGCCAACCUUACCUCAAUGAGAAAAAACAAAGGACCUCAUUACAACUGGAUUCCUGUGCUGUACCAAAGGUUGGGGCUGCCCCUCUAUACAGGAAUUGAGGAUGCUCUGGAGAAGUACGGAAAAGCCAGAGACAAGCAAUUGAGAGAAAUCAAAGAGGAUAAGCACAAGAAGAGAAGGAUACGAUAUAAGGUCAAGAGAAAGAUGGACGGGGAAGAAAGAAAAAAUUGGUCAAAGAAACUCGGCGAUACAUACGGUCGUGAAUGGAGGAGAAAGAGAACAGAGAAGGAUCAAGCUGCCACGAAACUCUGUAAGUGUGGCUCCAGCGAACACAGAAACAAAUCUCACAGAGACUGCCCACUGAACAAGCGACACGCAAGCAGGGAUGCCAGGAGUCAUCCUAAAUCAGAGAAACAAGGACCUUCUUCAGCUGAAUCAAACGAAAACAAUGGGACAGACGCUAGUGUGAACAGGGACAGCAGUGAAAGCGACUUCGAGGAUCAAAUUUUGCACGCAGAACGAGGCGAAUGUAUCUGCCCAAAUCCCAAAGCACACAAGAGAGACUGCCCAGCGGGCAAUAGGAACCGUGGGAAAAGGCUCUUCCAGCCUAUCAAACCUGGAGACAAGGUAGCCAUCCACGUUACGAGGUUGUCUGGGAAACACCUUGUCUGUCGCAUUGCUCAAGUGACCAACAAGCGAUACACACUCCAUUCCAAGCGAGGGACCCUAUUGAAGCGAUUUGGAGGAAGUGAGCUACACAAAUUGGAGGAAGACGAAGGAUACGAGAUUCCCCUCGACAACUGGCGCCAGAGCGAGGUCGUGUCAACCAGAGCACUGCAGGAAGAAGACAUGGUGAGCUGCUCGUGUGCAAUCGACACUCCAGACUAUCUGUACGUGGAGGACGAUGAUUCAGAAGAGGACCCAGACACACAACAGGGUGAUAACACUAUUAAAACAUCCAUAUACUGUCUGUCAUCAACUGACAUCAACAACAUUGAUAGACCCACAGGAUGGCUGAAUGACAUCGUCAUCACUGCAAGCCAACACCUUUUGUACCAGCAUUUCCCGCACAUCGAAGGCCUACAGCCUCCUACACUCCAAGCGAUUAGAGGAUUCAAUGUGAACACAGGAGAAUUUGUUCAAAUUCUAAACGUGAGCAAUACGCACUGGUGUGUUGUGUCUACUGUUGGCUGUAGCCCGGGGCAAGUAAACGUCUACGACACCCUGUACCACAGCGUUCAGAAGUCAACGAUUCCAAUUAUAGCAAGCCUGAUGUUAUGCACCUUACCCAACCUCACAAUCAACAUGAUGGACGUCGGUCUACAGAGAAACGGCUCUGACUGUGGUGUGCUAGCUAUCGCCAUUGCCUAUGACUUGUGUGCUGGGAACGAUCCGUUGGCCGUGGUGUACGAGCACACAUCCACAAGACAACACCUGAAGGAGAGCCUCAAGAAGUGCUUCAUUGAUCGCUUCCCAAUAAGGAAUUUGAGGACCUCAACAGGUGUGAUCCACGCUGAGCAUGUCUCCCUGUACUGCACAUGCAGAAUGCCCGAGGAAAGCAUCGAAGACGAUCCUAUGGCAGAAUGUGAUGUUUGCAAGGGGUGGUAUCAUCGAUCGUGCUUGAGCAUUCCCAACGAAGUGUUUCAAGUUGAUGGCGUCGAAUGGAAGUGCGAGGCAUGCACAGAACAAUCAUAACUCUAAUAAUAGACUGCAUGUAUAUAAUUAAUAGAAUUGCAAUAUGGGAUUAAUAGCACAAGUAACCAUACUAUUGAUUUCUAAUCGUGAAUGAUGAAGUUCUCUGCAGUUUUUAUUAACA